AUGGCAGCCAUAUGCUCAAGAUUUAUAUCCAGUGCCCAGAUUGUGCUAUUUGUUCUUCUUGGAAUUGCCUCUGGUAGCACCCCGACAGCAAGGUUUAAUGACGAGAUUCAGACGACCCCAAUAGUGCUGUAUCAGUGCUACCGAAACGGCACAACCGUAGAGCCCGAAAAUGCUGUCAACUACACGGUACUUUUUGACGGAACCUCGCCGAAUGAUACUGACUCCAAAGGAGACGUGUGGUUUGCCAUCAACGGUACUAAAGACAGCUACACAGAACUCACAUUCACGGCGAAGUAUGAGAGCCAGACCGAUUUGAUCAUUCUCGUUGCCGCCGGUUCAACAACUGAGGAAAAAAUAUACCUUUCGGCUGACCCAUUCCGUGGAAAGGGAUACUUCGUGAACGAAAUGUUUGGCGGAAAACCCGCCAGCAAGAUCUACGACGCCGAUAAGAGCUGCGUGAACGCGGCUGCGAACCUGCGGGAAGCGUGUCCCGACGGUUGUGGCAUGAGAUUUGUUCGAGACAUCGGCAGAGUGUCGGGAGGGUCGAAGAGUGGCAUCGCAGUUAUCCUCGAAAAAUUAUGUCGUUAUUUUCCUUUCGUUCCGAUAAUUUGCGCGAAGAAAAGGGAAGCUAUUCUUUUUUGA